AUGAACCAUCAACAGAGCACUGGAUCUCUGGAGUCAGUAAAUGUGCUGCUCAGAGGUCAAGGCAGACGGAGGUUCACCUGCAGGGACUUCAUCCAGACAUGGUCCAAACCAUGUGUCAGACAAACCCGCAUCCUCAAGGGUUUCACCGAAGCACUAGAUGGACAAGGAGGCAAUUUGUGUGCAAAUGCCAACCUGAACCCUGAGUGUGUGUUUGCAGCUGGGGCCUCAAAAGCGGUGGCGGCAGCAGCACUGAGGAAACAUUGGAGUCUUCGUACGGACAGCGUGAACAUGGAGCGACUGGUUUUACUGGCCUGCCUCAGUGCAGUUUGUGUAGCUCAGGUUGUCGAUCCCAGGGGGGCUCGGCCGGUGGUGCCCAACACCCGAUCAGAAAAAUGUGCCACUCAGAAGGAAUGGCCUUUCUGCACGACCGAUGAAUGGGGUCCUAAAUGUCCGUCCGGCUGCAGGAUCCACGGCCUCCUGGAAAAAUACGACCACGGCUUCCUUAAGAGCAUUGAGAAGAUCCGCAGCCUCCUGGACCAGAACCAGGCCAAGCACCGCUCUGCCAACCAGGUGUCCAAACAGACCUACGACUUCCUGAAGGAGAAGCUCACCCUCGACGCUGGUAAUGAUAAUAAUUACUUCGACCUGGCCCAGAAUCUGAGGAGGAGAAUCACGGAAAUGAAGAUUAAAAUUGAUGGACAGCUCCGAGUCCUGGCAGCCCUGAAGGACAAAGUCAGAGAUCAGGUCGCUGACAUGAAGAAGCUGGAGGUGGACAUCGACAUUAAGCUGCGGUCCUGUAAAGGAUCCUGCAAAGGACACACAGCCUAUGAACUGGACCAUGAAAGCUACGUCACUCUGGACAAACAGAUGGCCCAGCUGGACUCGCUGUCGGGCCAGAGCAUCGAGACCGUGGGUACACUGCACGUGAUGAAGAGCAGGGAAAUGAAGGACGCCGUUGUCGACACCACUUACAAAUCCAGAGAUAGCCCAGCGGCGGCGCAACAGACCGAAGACCUGUUCUCUGAUGUGAACAACGUCCAGCUGGUCCUCGAACUGGAAGGCUCCAUCAACUCUCCAGCCACCAUCUCCAAAGACACAGGUACUACCUACUCUCCUUCAUCCUCCUCCACCUCUUCUAAGUCCAUCACUGAGCUCGGAGGACCCAGCAACGGCGAUUUGUUUGAUUUGGGCGGAGACUCCACAUCCCUGGGUCAGCCCAGCGUAACCACCCACAGCUCCUCCUGCACCCGACGGGUCCAGACAACCAUCGUCCACACAAGCUCCGGCCCUGUGGAGAGGACGCAGGAGGUGGUGGAGGGAGGCCCCGAGUGCCAGUCCAUGACAGACCUCACCAAGGGGGGAUCAGCCUCGCUCUUCCCCUCCCUCACCUCCAAGACCCUCCAUAUCACCGACACCAAAGGAAGCCUCACAGGCGAUUCCAAAACCACUUUUGCGGAUCCGUUCACUGAUGCGUUCGACCUCGGCGGCUUCAUGACGGACAACACAGAGGAUGAUACUCCAGAUUUCCACGCUCGGAGUGUGAAGAGCUUGCGCAUCGAGCGUCAGGCUGAUUAUGUAGGAAAAGAUUGCGUCGCAGCCCUGCAGCACCACCUCAAUGGGGAAAAGAACGGCCUGUUUAAGAUCAAACCCGGCGGUGACGAUUCGUCCGAGGUAGUGGAGGUUUACUGUCAGCAGGAGGGGCUGAUGGGAGGGUGGGUGUUAGUCCAGCAGCGAGACGGCGGCGCGGUUAGCUUCAACCGCAGCUGGGCCGAAUACCGCCAAGGGUUCGGUUCCGUCGACGCGCAGGGUGGCGGAGAGGUUUGGCUCGGCAACCAGAACCUCCACCUGCUGACCAAUCAGGGUGAGACGUUGCUAAAGGUGGAGCUGGAGGAUUGGGAAGGGGGUGUAGCAAGCGCUGAGUACACCAUCAGGGUAGGCUCAGAGGGGGAGGGGUACCCGCUGCAGGUGUCCGGGUACACGGGGGACGCUGGAGACGCCCUGGUGGCGCCCAAGACCGAUACGGGGUCGUACAUCAGCCACAACGGGAUGAAGUUUAGUACCUUCGACAAAGACAACGACCAGUGGGAGGAGAACUGUGCGGAGAUGUACGGGGGGGGCUGGUGGUUCAACAACUGUCGCGCCGUGCAUUUAAACGGAAUUUAUUACAAAGGAUUGUACGACCCUGAGAAAAAUACACCAUAUGAGAUAGAGAACGGAGUUGUAUGGGUGACGUACAAACCGGAAAACUACAGCCUGAAAACAGUCCGCAUGUGGAUCCGAUCGGCUGCAUUCUAA